GUGCUUUCUCUAGUCGCAGACCGCUGAAGACGUGCUGCUACUGCCGCACGGUUGGUAAUAGCAGGAAAGACGUGCAUGCUGCCCGGGGCUACCGCAGGCUAAUCGUAUUUUUUUCUUGAUUUGCAUUAGUUUGAAAACGAAAGUGAAUGCACUAGAUGAACGGAUCAUAGUUUUUUGGUGGACAUUUGAAUUUCGUCGAUUUUUUUUCGGAUUAAAUCGGAGAAACUUUGUGUUUGUGUUGGUUUAGUCUGUCUGUUAAAAAGUUGUCAUAAAAUAAAACAUGCCUGGAGACUCAUACUACUGGUCUCCUUUAGAUAAUGAAACAGAUGAGUCGUUGAUGGAGAAAGAACCCUACAUUGAUCCGUGGGAUUUGGAAAAUUAUGCCUACAUCCGGGAACACCUCGACUCAAUGGAACUGAGUUCUAGUCAGAGUGUACCUAGCGGAAGUUCAGGGGAAUUUGCUGAGCCAACGAGUUCGUUUGAUUAUGUACCUGGAAGAAGAAGUAGAACAACUCCUGCUCCCAUCAUGUCAAAUAUUAGAGAAGAAAGAUUUGACUCGAUAUUCAGCGAUCAAGAAAACUACGCAGCCAUUGAAGAUCUUCAACAAUAUGAAAGAAGGAACAGACGAGCACGAAGCGAGAUGCAUUGGCCUAAUAAAAGAAGAAUCGCUUAUGACUACGAAACAGAACCUGAAGAAGUCAGUCCUUACGCUGAAGGGGCUGUUCAAGAAAGUUCCUUGUUUGGAAUCUAUGACGAUAAAGGAAUAUUCAGAAGGGUUGCGGUGCCGAUAGCGUACAAAUCCAGGGAUCGAAGUUUGAGUUACUCCUAUGGAGAUUCUUAUAUAGACUACAAUCGACAGAGUCCAGAAGGAGACCCGCCUAGUACAUUCGAGGAAUUUCACAGAGAUAGAAGAGACUCAACCCUUCCAAUAUACGAUGACGUCAGCAGGCAAAGUAGGAACAAGCCCCAAAAUUUCAGCUUCAGCAAAAACGGCCACCUCAAAAUCGAUUAUUCUUGUAGCUGGAAUAAUUUGAACAAGUUUAUGAAAUAUAACUAGAAAAUAGUUUUAAGGAAAUUAACAAAGAGAGACACUUAUAAAAAUGAAAUAUUUUUAGUGUCUUUAAUCGUAAAGGCACAUAUCCACUAUGUUGGCGCUCCGCGCUCCCUUCAACUGCUCCAAUCGACACGGCAUACGCUCCUCUACAUAUAAACCGUCACCGAUUGGAGCGCCGAGGCGGAGCGCGCACUGUUACACGGUCCGGGAGCCAACAUAGUGGAUACGUGCCUUAACACAUUCAAAAAGAUGUUGAAAAUAUGAUAUUAGACCAGGGCAGAUCUGUGAAAAAACGUCUAUUUUUGGGUGUGCGACGUGGCAUUCGGAUUUUUGCAGAUAAAGUCAGGUGACAACUUUAACAUUAUGCUCCUUUUCAAAUAUGCCCGGAACAUUAAUAAAAACAUUAAAAUAUCUGAAAAAUUCGAAAAACAUCGAUUUUUUUCUACUUUCUUCGCUUAUAACUUUAAAACGAUUCAUUUUGGAACAAAGUCGUAGGAAAAUUAAAUAAAGAUAAUUAAAUUUUGUAGAUAAACUACUGGUUAAAAAUGUCUUAAAUUAUUACCCUUUCUGAAAAAUAGCAAUAAAUACAAAAUAAGGGGGCAAAAUAAGCCUGUUUUUAUUCAAUGUUUUUCAACCACUUUGGUUGCACUUAGAAUUUUCGUAAUUCGCUUAGAAAAUUCUUACGACAUACCUAAAUUGUUCACCAAAUUUCAUUAAAAUCGACCGGAUAGAUUUUGCAGAAUAAUGUUGCAAUCUAAAUUUUUUUAAAAAAAGUUCACAUUAUUUAAAAACUUUCUGAAGAAAAAUUAGACCAUUUAUAAGUUUGCUAAUUUUUUACAUAUAAAGAGGUUCUCUACCUAUCUAAUACACUUUACAGAAUUACAAUCGGAUUAUUUAAGCGGCCUCAGCAUUGUUUUAAAGUUUUAAACAAUUUUUUGGCUUAUAAACAAAUACAGUGAGGACGUUUGAGUUGGCUAAAUUCAUUUUCUCGAGAAUAGGCGUCUUUGGAGAUAGAUCCCGAAACAGGUCGAUUUUUAUUUUUAAAUUCUAAUUUUUUGGUAUAUAUAUCAUACUAGUGACGUCAUCCAUCUGGGCGUGAUGACGUAAUCGAUGAUUUUCUUAAAUGAAAAUAGGUGCCGUGCGAUAGCUCAAUCGAAAGGCUAUUCAACUUUGUAUUCACUAAUAUAAACAUUAACAUAAUUAUUUAUACAGGGUUUGAAUUAAAAAAAAAUUUGAAUUAAAUUAAUUCCAAUAUUUAGAUUACGUCAUCACACCCAGAUGGAUGACGUCACUAGUAUGAUAUUUAUGCCAAAAAAUUAUAAUUUAAAAAUAAAAAUCGAUCUGUUUCGGGAUUUAUCUCCAGAGUCGCCCAUUCUCAAGAAAAUGAAUUUAUUCGAACUCAUACGUCCUCACUUUAUUUGUUUAUAAGCCAAAACAUUGUUUAUAACUUUAAAACAGUGCUGAGGCCGCUUAAAUAAUCCGAUUUUAAUUCUGUUAAGUGUAUUAGAUAGGUAAGGAACCUCUAUAUGUAAAAAAAUUAGCAAACUUCUAAAUAAUCUGCUUUUUGUUCAGGAAGUUUUUAAAAAAUAUGAACUUUUUUAAAAAAAUUUAGAUUGCAAACUUAUUAUGCAAAAUCUAUUAUGUCGAGUUUAAUGAAAUUUGGUGGACGGUUAAAGUAUGCUGUAAGAAUUUUCUAAGCGAAUUAUGAAGGUUCUAAGUGCAACCAAAGUGGUUGAAAAAUAUUGAAUAAAAACAGUCUUUUUUGCCCCCUUAUUUUAUAUUAAUUUCUAUGUAUUUUGCAGAAAUUUUCCUUUUUUUUCCAUUUCGUUUACAGCACGUGUCGGUGAAAUCGGUGCUGUUAUAGUAAAAAACAAGCACAAUGGCUCCCAAA